UCCAAAAUGGCGUCCAAAGCUGCCAGCCGUGACAAUUUGAUUCAGUAUGUUCAGAUCGAUGGGCUGGUUGCCCUCAAGAUCAUCAAACACUGUCAUGAAGAGUCGGCAGGUGGCUCAGACCUUGUACAGGGUGUCCUACUUGGACUAGUUGCUGAGACGGCAAAUGAUAAAAUUCUUGAAAUCACCAAUUGUUUCCCAUUCCCAAGGCAUAAUGAAGAUGAAGAAUUUGAUGAAGUCCAGUACCAAAUGGAGAUGAUGAAGAACCUACGUCAUGUAAACAUUGACCACCUCCACGUCGGCUGGUACCAGAGUACCAACCUCGGCUCAUUCAUCAACCGUGCUUUCCUUGAGUCGCAGUUCAUCUAUCAACAUUCUAUAGAGGAAUCCGUUGUACUGAUUUAUGAUCCCAAUAGAACUACUAAAGGACAGCUUUCCCUCAAAGCUUUUAGGUUGACUCAGGCCAUGAUGGAGCUUUACGAGUCUACAGAUUUCUCACCAGAAAGCAUCAAGGCUUCUAAGAUGAGUUUCAACAAGAUGUUUCAGGAGAUCCCCGUGGUGCUGAGGAACUCUCACCUCUGCAACGUGCUGCUCUGUGAUCUUGAGGAAAUGGCGCCAUCUGCUCCGCAGACAACUCAGUUCUUGGAUCUAGCAACCAGUUCCUACUUGGAGAAGAAGACCAAACUGUUGAUGGGUUGUGUAGAUGACUUGAGUCAAGACUGCAACAAAUACUUCAACUUCCAGAGGCAGGCUGCGAAACAAAACCAAGCAAAACAACAAUAUCUCAUGAAGAGGCAAGCGGAAAACCAAUCGAGAGUAGGUCGUGGAGAACAGCCACUCGGAGACGAUGACAUCAAUAAGAUGUUCAAACCAUUAGUCGCACCCCCUCGGUUGGACAGUCUGCUCACUUCAAGCCAGAUCGACCGCUACACGAAACAAAUAAAUGAAUUCUCAGCGCAGAGUUUCGGCAAAUUGUUCAUGUCUGAGUGUUUACAAGAGGAACGUAAUACACCAGCUCAGCAAUGAUAAUGUGGACUAUUAGGUUUUAUAUUGGAAUUGGGAUGGGGUCAUGGCACGUAUAUGAUAUUCUAACUCGUUUGGAUUUAAAGAUGCAGUACGAUCCUAUUGUGACUCUGCUCCUAGUCACAGUUUUAGAAGAUGAAUACUGCUCAUUGUUUGCCAUCAUUGUAGUCAACAAGGAACUAUGUCCGAUCUAUCUUUUUAUGCCUUCUGAAAAGUAAAGCAAUCUCACAACAUGUAAAGUAACGAUCACUUUCUGAUUAAGUUCAAUUGUUGGUAAAAUCAUGUUGAGGAAUUUGAAUAUUGAUGUGUAUCAAAUAAAUACUGGAGCCAUUGUAAAA